UAUAGAUUGUCUCACAGUUUUGAUGUUAUCGCAAAACUUGGUCAAGGAGGCUUUGGCUGCGUUUAUGAAGUAAAACAUAAAUAUGAUGGCAAGAUCUACGCUGUGAAGAGGGUCAUCUUAACCAGGAAAUCUGAUUCUGAGGUGAAGGCAUUGGCCCGACUAGAUCACCCAAACAUAGUGCGUUACAUCACAUGCUGGCCAAGUUCUGACAACUGGACUUCAAACCAAGAAAGAAACCAAGUGUCCAACACUUCAUCAGAUGUAGUGACCUUUGAGAGAGAUGGCAGUGAAGAGAGGGAUGAUGAUGAUGAAGAAGAUGAAGAUGUCACAUCAGGAAUGGAAAGUCUGAGUGUGACAGAAUCAGCAUCCACUGCUGCUGAGCCCUCAGGAAUCAACAGAACUGACAGUUUAGACUCUUCAAAUCACAGCGGUACAUAUUUAUUUAUUCAGAUGGAGUUCUGCGAGGGAGGAACACUGACUGAUUGGAUAAAGGCGAGAAAUUUUAUGGAAAAACAAAGAAUCAUAGUGGAAAUCCAUCAAAUAUUUUAUGAAAUUAUCACUGGAGUGGAAUACAUCCACGCAAACAAGCUCAUCCACAGAGAUUUAAAGCCUGAUAACAUACUGUUUGGUGCUGAUGGUAAAGUGAAGAUCGGAGACUUUGGGCUGGUGGCGGCUCAGACGGAUCAAAAUGGUGACCCUAUAGAGAGGUCAAACAGAGGAACACCAACUUAUAUGAGUCCUGAACAGAAAAAUAAGAAGAAUUAUGAUGAAAAAACAGACAUUUUUCCCCUUGGACUCGUAUGGUUUGAGAUGAUCUGGAAAAUAUCUACUGGUAGUGAAAGAGUAAAGCUGUGGCCGGAUCUGAGAGAUCAAAGGUUUCCAGAAGGGUUCAGUGAUAGUUGUCAAACUGAGAGUAAAUUCAUCAUGAAGAUGUUGUCGUAUUCACCAGAGCACAGGCCACAUGCAAAAGACUUAAAAGAAAAACUGGAGAAGUUUUUCCCUCUGGAUCAGAAUGUGUUAAGCCAGAAAACCGUCUGAGAUUUUUGUGCAUAGAAACUGUCUGAGCAGUUUGGUCAGGUCCUUGCAAAAUAAUGAACUACCACAGAGUACUUCUGGCAAGCAACAGCUUUUUGGUUAUGAUGAUUUAAUUGAUUUAUUCAUGAUCUAAUGAACUAUUUAACGUUCUCUGAUUAAGGUGAUAAUAUAAAAUGUGGAACAUUUGGUGAGUGAUUUUAUAAAAAAUAAUGUAAAAUAACUUUCAGAUUUCGACUAGAUUUCUUCUAGUAUAUUUUAAAUAUUUUAAGUUUCAAAAGUCUCAUUCUGUUUUCAUCAUAAAAAUACAUUAUAUUGAUGUUGUGAGGCUACUUUUAGAAAUCCCAACAUGAAUGUAAUUUCACAACAUCAUUGUAAUGUUAGCUGCAUAAAAUGAACAUGGAUUUACAUCUUAAGUGUAAUUGCAACUAAAAGAUAAUCGAAGUUGCAGUUGUUUGGUUACAGUGUAAACCGAAAUGCAAUAUUAUAUAAUGUGAAAACAUUUUGUGCUUGCUGGGAAGAUUGCUGCUCAAGUUGACUUUCAGCCAUCAGGCGUUUUUCUUGACAAAUAUACUGUUUAUGCUGGGUGGAAUAAAGAAAAGAAAAGAAAAUGUGUCAUUAAUAUCAACAUCAUGUGUUCUGACAUUGGAUAAAAUAAUAAGGCAGCGGCUAUUUACACUAAGUGCAAAUAGCAUAUUUUCUUAGUGAUAGACACUAUUUACACUAGGUGCAAAUAGCGAUGGAUGCUAGUUAUGCUAUGUUAAAACAGCAAGAUUUUCUGCUAUUUAUACUACUUAUUGCAAAUAGUAGCAAUUAUCUGCACCUCAGUAUUGUAGU